AUGGGAUAUCCAAACCUGCAGGAUAACAAAAUCACAAUUCUAGUAGUUCCAUUUCCAGCACAAGGCCACCUCAACCAACUCCUCCACUUCUCCCUCCUUCUCUCAUCCCAUGGCUUCCCCGUUCACUUCGCCUCCUCCUCCAUCCACAACCACCAAGCUCGUUACCGUCUCCGAGGCUGGACCUCCACAUCACUCCAUAACAUCACCUUCCAUGAUAUCCCCAUCCCUUCUCUUCCUCCAUCCACCCCCAACCCGAACUCCACUCACAGCUUCCCUUCCCACUUAGUCCCUGUUUGGGAAUUUGUCAUCCACCACCUCCGUUCUCCUAUCUGCUCUCUCCUUCACUCCCUCUCCUCCUCUUCCCCUCUCAUCCUCGUCCACGACCCUGUCAUGUCCUUUGUCAGCGACGACGCCUUCUCCAUCCCCUCUAUCCACACCUUCAAGUUCCAGUGCGUCCCUGCCAACUUUAUACUCUCCUACCUCGACGAAAGCACCUCCAAAACAUAUUCGGAUAACCAUAUCCUCUUCUCUCCCUUACCGGACAUCGUCCCUGAAGAGGUUUGGACCUUCACCAAGAAGUAUUGCUAUGAGACCUCAUCCGAAGGCAUGCUAUUCAACACGUCAAGAACCAUUGACGGACAUUUCAUUGAUCUUCUUGCCAAAGAAGAUGGCUUUGUUGGUAAGAAGAUUUUUGCAGUGGGUCCCGUGAGUCCACUUACUGUAACUGAUUAUAAAUCUGGACCUCGUCAUCCAUGUCUUGAAUGGUUGGACAAGCAACCCCUCAAGUCAGUGGUGUAUGUAGCUUUUGGAAGCACAACAACAAUGUCAGAUCAGCAGAUAAAGGAGAUAGCAUUGGGUUUGGAGAAAAGCAAGCAGAGGUUUAUAUGGGUUAUAAGAGAAGCUGAUAGAGGGGAUAUAAGUAAGGAAGGGGAACUUACAAGAGAGAAGAGCUUGUUGUUGGACUUUGAUAAGAGAGUUGAAGGGAUGGGAAUGGUGGUGAGAGGAUGGGCACCACAACUGGAUAUAUUAGCCCAUGGUUCAACAGCGGCUUUCAUGAGUCACUGUGGAUGGAACUCAUGCAUGGAAGGGAUGAGUAUGGGAGUAGCCAUGCUGACGUGGCCCAUUCAUUCAGACCAACCAAGCAAUGCACUGCUGAUAACUGACUAUUUGAAGGUGGGGGUGAUAGUGAGGGAGUGGGACAAAAGAGAUGAGGUUUUGAAGUGGGAGAAGGUGGAUGAGGCUAUCCGGAAAGUGAUGGUGGAUAAGGAGGGUUUGGAGAUAAGGAGAAGGGCUAAGGAUUUGGGAGAGAAAAUAAGGGAUAGUAUUGAAGGAGGAUCAUCUUAUGAACAACUUUUGGCUUUUAUUAAUUAUAUUAGUGGAUUUAAGUAG